AACACUUUCAAUCAUUAAUAAGACAUAUAUGUAACAGUACAGUUUUUUAUUUUAUUGUUAUUUUUGGAAAAUGUGGAAAUAUUUGGCUCUGUUAGUGCAUGUAUUGCUGCUCGGAUUUAUUAAGCUGAUCUAUUACCAAAGCUCGAUUAUCAAUGGCAUGCAACCGCAGAGUGGACAUCGUACUUUAGGCUUGGAGCCGCCUGCGGAUCGUCUGGUUGUAUUUCUUAUCGAUGGCCUGCGGGCGGAAUCAUUAUACAGGAACAAGUGGAACGCUGUGCCCAAUUUGCAACAUCUCUUUAUGGAGCAUGGCCUGGCUGGUAUAUCGCACGGGAAAGCUCCAACCGAAAGUCGGCCCGGCCACAUAUCCAUCUUUGGUGGCUUUCAGGAGGAUGCUGAAGCAGCCUUGUUCAACUUUAAAAGAAAUCCAUCAGUCUUUGAUACGGUGUUUAAUCGAACGAUGGGCUCUUCUUGGGCCUGGGGCUCGAAUUCUGUGUUGAAAUUUUUAAAAUACCUGCCUAACCAUGAAGUCCAUUUGGAUCUGCAUACCGAAUCGGAUUUGAAGGGAAAUAAGCAUAGACACAAGUUGUUGUACGAUAAGGUGCGUAAGUUUCUGUCUGGAUCAGUGGAUAAUUGGACAGUGCCAUCCGUCUUCCUUGUUGAUUUUGAUGAUCUAGUUGGCAGCGAAAACGAGCUCGAUCCGAAUAGCGACGAGUUUUUCAAUGCUCUCAACCAUACUGAGAUAAUUGUUGCUGAUCUAUACGAGUUAUUUGAGCAAUAUUUCGGGGAUCAGCGAACGGUAUAUCUUCUGACAUCCGAUCAUGGCAUGACCGAUGAAGGUAUGUACGGUGAAGACAGUUUAUUUGAGAUUGAGAUGCCAUUUAUCUUUUGGGGCGCUGGCAUCGAGCGAAUCGAGUCCCCUUUUAAGGAUAUCUAUGCCUCGAAGAGCAAUAACACUCCGAUGCAAUUGCAAGAGCUGAGGCAGGAACAGCUGGCGCCUUUGAUGUCGGCCCUGAUUGGAAUGCCGCCCCCAAUGAAUAAUCGUGCCACGUUGGUCACGGGCAUGAUGAAUGUCAGCCAAUUGUAUGAGGCACAAUCUAUGUAUCUGAAUGCUCGCCAGAUAUUGGCGCAGGUUGAGUGCGUACUGAAGCAGGAAAAGCGUAGUUACAUUUAUAAAUGGUUGCCCAGAUUUGAGCGUUUGGACUCACGACGCAUAAGCCAGUACCAUGAGCAGAUCAACAAUCAGAUGCAGAGAGGCUGUAUCAAUGAGGCGAUACUGUAUAGUCAGAAAAUAAUACAUUUGUCACUGGAAUACCUGGAAUACUACAGGGUAUACUAUCACGUGCCACUUGUGGUGGCCUGUAUGCUUACCUAUAUGGGUUGGUUCUUCUAUCUGCUGGCCAAGCAGGCACGCCCUGCGAAUACGCCCAAACGGGCGUGGCUGUCCAUCGCAAAUGGCAUACUUCUGCUGAUGGAAGUGUUCGUGUUGCUGACGUGCUUUUUGCAUCACAUCCCUAAGAGCACAAGUUUCUAUCUGUUGGUGCCGCUGCCCGUUUGGGCAUUGGCACUGCGGGAGCAAGGUACGCAAUAUAGCUGCAUGUAUGUGCCGCUCGUUCAACUGGCCUGGGUUGGCGGCACCGUGAUACUGCUUAUUGCCACGUACUUUUUCAAGCCACUCAUUGCGCUGGGUUAUCUGAUUGCGGUCUGUGCGAACAAUGGACGAGCCUUUACUCGAGCGCCUAGGAUACGAUUUUGGUUGUGGGUGGCACUGGUUGUGAUGUUGACCGGGCUCACGAUAAAGCGGCCCAACUUUGGAUUCAAUACGAUGAUAUUGCUCGUGCUAAGUAUGCUGGUGACCAUAUUGCGUCCACUGCUGCUGAACGAGCGGCACUCCGGUAGAGUCUGGCUAAGCAAUGUCGGUGCCCUGUUGUUAGGUGCCUACUUGGUCCAUGAGCGCCUCUGCAAGAAUGAGAUUAGUUGCGUGCUGCAGGGCGCUAUCUGGAGCUAUUUACUGUAUGCAUUCAUCUCUAUACCCUAUAGUGAUACGAGGACGCCGCGUCGUCGUGUACAGCUGAUACUCUUCAAUUUGAGCACCGUGUACACUUUGAUAAGCGUCACUUAUGAGUCUAUAUUUAUACAAUUGCUUUGCACAGAGUUCCUGCUGGGAAUGCAGGUGGACGCAGAAGAUAAGCAUUCGUCAGACAGUGAGGAAGAUGAAGGUGAAGAUGAGGAGGGGGAGGAUGAGGAGAAACCAGACAAAUCCCUAUCUUCGGAGGAACACAUUAACAAAAUUUAUCGCUUUGCUGUGCUAAUACUUGUAUAUACCCAUUUAUCGAUGAUUGGCACUGGGAAUAUGCUAAACAUCGGGGCAUUUGAUAUAAGCUUUACCCGCAUUUUUGUAACCGACUGCUCUACAGUUUUAAUUGUUUUCCUCUACGCGCUGAAGCUGAUGAUACCCAUAAUUAUUAUUGUGUGUAGCUUGUAUGCCUUUCGUACCUAUGCCCGCCACAAUGUCAAUGGCAUUUUUAUUAGCUUGUUCCUGAUUUGUGAUGUGUUGUGCCUGUACUUUUUCUUCUUUGUGCGUAACCAUGGUUCCUGGCGCAGUGUACGCAAUUCGCUCUCUCAGCAGCUUAUCGCGCAUAGCUUGCCCAUGCUUUUGGCCGCAUUCUCUUUUCUACCAAAGCAACUUCUGAGCGCCAUACCGUUGACUACGCUGCCCAUGCUGAGCUGGAAGAGGAAGUCAAAGAUUCAACUGGGUCAAGCCCAGGUUUGAAAAUCUGUCACUAUUUUGAAUGUUCCGAAAAUUUAAGUGC